AUGAAUGCCGAUCCUUUUUACCAAGGUCUGCCGAAGGACGUACCGAUCCUGAUCAGCACCGAUGGUACGGUAACAUGGAGGGUGGAGACUCUGACCAGCACCGUCUGUGAUGCAGACCCGUUCUUCUUCCCUUCCGACACCAUGGAAUGCCACAUCUGUUUCUCUGUGUUCUCUGCGGUCGAGCAAACCAUCGAAUGCGGAAUUGGAAGUGGCACUUCCUGCGACGUCUGGUCUCCCCCACAAGACGAGGGCGAAUGGAUUCGGAAGGACAAGAUCUUCGCUAAAGACGGCAAGGAGGCGUGCUUCGCUGUUCAUCUGCAGAGGGUUCCGCUGUUCCACAUCGCCACGACUGUUGUCCCCUGCGUCAUCCUGGCGGUGCUGAUGAUCAUCACCUUCAUCAUGCCCAUAGACAAGGGAGACCGGAUCUCCUUCGGGGUGACCAUCCAGCUCUCCAUGGUCGUGUCUCUCGUGUUUGUCACAGAUGUACUUCCUGUGAAAGGAGCGCUGCCAUUUUUUGGUGAGGACAGAAAGUUUAACUUUUGA